AUGUCAAGCACAUCAGAUCGCAUCCUUCGGGUUGGAAUCAUCGGCUGCGGAGAGAUCUCCCAAGUCGCCCAUAUCCCCAACAUCAACUUCCUAUCCCACAAGUUCCAAACGACCUAUCUCUGCGAUAUCUCCAAGCAGGCUCUGGCACAUUGCACCACCAAAGUCCAAGGUGGUACUCCCAAAACCACCACCAACCCCGAAGAACUCUGCUCCUCACCAGACGUCGACGUGGUCCUGAUCGCCAACGCUGACGCAUACCACGUGGAGCAUGGUAUACUCGCUCUCAAGAAUGACAAGUUUUGCCUUAUCGAGAAACCGGCGGCCACUUGCUUCCGAGAUAUAGAUAGACUUAUUGAGGCGGAGAAGGCUUCAAAGGGAAAAGUGUUUGUUGGAACGAUGCGACGCUAUGCUACUGCGUUCAUCGAUGCUGUGGCAGAGGUCGGGGCCAUGGAGAAGAUUCAGUAUGUCAGAGUGAGGGACAUCAUUGGGCCUAACUCCACCUUUGUCGAACAGAACGGCACGUUUCCUCAGAAGUUCAAUGACUUCAGUGAGGAAGAUGGUCAGGACAGGAGCCGUCGCGAGGCUGAUAUCUUUGAACAAGCUCUUGUCAAGGAGUUUGGAGUGUCGAGCACGCCUCACCUCGGAACACAUGAUCUCUCAGCAAUGCGCGAGAUUCUAGGCAUGCCCAAAUUCGUCGCCGGAGCUGUGCUAACCCUCCCCGGCAUCUUCAGCGUCCUGUUUCAAUACGAUGACUUUCCUGUCACGUAUGAAUCAGGUCUCAGUGGUGUGCCUCAGUUCGACGCACACAUUGAAGUCUACUCAGCUAACAAAAUCGUGAGAGUCAACUUUGAUUCUCCUUACGUCAAGGGUCUGCCGGUGAUCAUGACGAUUCGAGAGAAGAUUGGUGAAGGUGGAUUCCAAGAGAGGAUCAUCAGGAAGACGUAUGAGGAUCCGUAUACAUUGGAGAUGCUAGAUCUUUAUGAUUGUGUCGUUGGAGGGAAAGUGCCCAAGACGAGCGCGACGGAUGCUCGGAAAGAUGUUGAGCUGUUCGAGAUGAUCUUGAAGGCUGGUGCUGAUAGAUUCAAGUCUUAG